UUUACGAAGAAGAAUAAGGCGGAAAUAAACAAAAAAGCAGCAGAAAGGAGGGAACGAACAACUGCUCAGAAACAUCUCAAUAUUCCGCGCCUGCAUCAUCACCAUGAUGACGUCAAAGAGGCUGGAUUACUUUGAGGUGCCCUGUGAGUGGGCGUCCUGCAACUUCAAGGGCCACAGCAUGGAGGAGCUGAGCGAUCACAUGUCUCUGCACCUGAAGGAGCACCUGGGAGACACGGAUGCUUUAGAGGAGCUUGAUGAGUACGCCUGCUUGUGGAACGGCUGUGAGUAUCUCGCCAUGCGCUGCCCUACAGAGCUGGAGGUCCACGCCUACUUUCACAACUACCACGGCAAGCUCAAGUUCAUUGGCUCACAGCUGCUCAAGUCCCGGCCGGACCUCCCCAGCUGCAAUCAAGGCCUUUACAGCAACAAUUCUGUUCCCGACGGAACUGACGGACACGUCUGCCAGUGGGAGCACUGUGGCAGUACAUUUAACAAUCCUGAGUGGUUUUACAGACAUGUGGACAAUCACGUUGAGGGAGCUGAACAGCAGACCUUGUCACAGGACCAGCAGGUUCUUUUCUGCCACUGGAGUGGCUGCGAUGCCUUUUUUAAGAUCCGGUACCGUCUGCGAGAACACGUGCGGAGCCACACUCAGGAGCGAAUUGUAGCCUGUCCAACAUGUGGCAGCAUGUUCUCCAGCAACACCAAGCUGUUUGACCACCUGCACCGGCAGGCAGAGCCCGUGGAUUCGCUGGUGUGUGAACACUGCAGAAAAGGUUUUUCCAAUGAGAGGCUUUUGAGGGAUCAUGUUCGGCAACAUGUGAAUCACGUGAAGUGUCCCUUCUGUGACAUGACCUGCACUACUUUAGCCGCUCUGAAGAUCCACAUCAGAUUCCGUCACUGUGAUGAGCGGCCGUUCCCAUGUGACUUCUGUGAAAAAAGCUUUAAGAACCACCGCGAUCUACAGAAGCACACAGAGUUCCACAAUGAAGGGUCUGUGUAUCACUGCACAGUGGAGGGCUGCGAGUAUUCCUGUCACACGUUUCAAACCAUGAACCAGCAUUUCAAGAGAGUGCACGAGAGUGGAGGGAUGUCCAAAUAUAAAUGCCAUAUCUGUGAAAAGAUCUUCUCAUGGUGUUACACACUCACGCUUCACCUUCGGAAGAAACACGAGCUGAAAUGGCCGUCUGGACAUUCUCGCUUCAGAUACAAAAAGGAUGUGGAUGGCUUCCUCAAAGUUAACAUGGUGCGUUUUGAGACUGUGGAAGUGACCAAGCAGAUCAUGAAGAACAUGGAGACGAAACCUCAAGGUAUGCGGAAGAGUUCCAGAACGAGAAGCCGGAACAAGAAGGCUGCAGGAGAAGCAGAGAGCAGACGUAGAUCUCCUGCAGGAUCUUCCUCGCCCUCCUCUAGCUCCUCCUCUUCCUGUAGUUCUUCAGAGCUGUCUGGAGGUGAGGAUGCUUCGUCUCAGCCCAGCCCCAGAGGCAGUGACUCUCCUGUCUACUGUGUUAUGACGACUGUCCCUUCCACUGAGGACGAGCCUGGAGAACUGUCUCAGGAGGACUGUGACUCUGUAGGCACCUCUGGGGCCGUCCAGGCCCUGACCGAGGUUGCAAGAGGCCUGGGCAUGGAUGUGGUGUGAUUGACACAAAAUGUUCUUUGUGGGUUAUUUUAGCUUUUAAUGCAGUUUUACUGUUUUAAUUAUUGUGCAAACAUUUGGGCAAAUUACAUUUUU